CCUUGCGGCAGGUUACACGCGACCAGCCGUUGCUAACAACUUCAAACAGCCCUUUCGGAGCCCGUCAGCGGUGUGUGUCGGCCGGCUGUGCUGCUUCUUCCUCCUCUGGCCUGAGAACUGGAAACAUGCUCUCCUUCACUCUGAGACAACUCGCACGGCCACUGUGCCAUCGAGCACCAAUUCGUCUCAGCGUACGUGGCCAGCAGUCCCACGCUGCCACCCGUGUAGUAGAUGAAGAUCGUCCAUGGACAGGCCAGGAGAGCCUGGCUCAGGACGACCCUGAGAUGUGGGAUCUGCUGACAAAGGAGAAGGACAGGCAGUGCCGCGGCUUGGAGCUCAUCGCAUCUGAGAAUUUCUGCAGUCGAGCAGCUCUGGAAGCUCAGGGCUCCUGUCUCAACAACAAAUACUCUGAAGGCUACCCAGGGAAAAGGUACUAUGGUGGAGCAGAAAUGGUCGACCAAAUUGAGCUGCUGUGUCAGAAACGAGCCCUGGAGGCCUUUGACCUGGACCCGGCUCUGUGGGGUGUUAACGUCCAGCCAUACUCUGGCUCCCCCGCUAACUUUGCCGUCUACACUGCAGUACUCAACCCCCAUGACCGCAUCAUGGGCCUGGACCUGCCCGAUGGAGGACAUCUGACCCAUGGCUACAUGUCCGAUGUGAAGAGGAUCUCGGCAACCUCAAUCUAUUUUGAGUCCAUGCCCUACAAGCUGAAUCCUGCAACAGGACUCAUAGACUACGACCAGAUGGAGAUGACGGCCAAGCUGUUCCGGCCCAAGCUCAUCAUUGCUGGCACCAGUGCUUAUGCCCGCCUCAUUGACUACGGCCGCAUCAAGAAGCUCUGUACUGACAUUAAGGCCUACAUGCUUGCUGACAUGGCCCAUAUCAGUGGCCUGGUGGCAGCCAAAGCCAUCCCCUCUCCCUUUGAUCAUGCUGACCUGGUCACCUCUACCACACACAAAUCCCUCAGAGGAGCCAGGGCUGGCCUCAUCUUCUUCCGCAAGGGUGUUCGCUCAGUGGACAAGAAGGGGAAGGAGAUCAUGUACGAUCUCGAGGACAAGGUCAACUUCUCUGUCUUCCCUUCGCUGCAGGGUGGACCUCAUAACCACGCCAUUGCUGGUGUGGCUGUGGCACUCAGACAGGCACAGUCUCCCAUGUUCAAGGACUACAUCUCCCAGGUACUAAAGAACUCGAAGACCAUGGCUGCAGCUCUCCUCAGCAAAGGCUACACACUUGUAUCAGGCGGGACCGAAAACCACCUGGUCCUGGUGGACCUGAGGCCUAAGGGCAUCGAUGGUGCUCGGGCCGAGAGGGUGCUGGAGCUUGUGUCAAUUACUGCCAAUAAGAACACCUGCCCCGGGGACAAGAGCGCCCUGACUCCUGGUGGCCUCAGGCUAGGUGCUCCGGCCCUGACCUCCAGACAGUUCAAAGAAGCUGACUUUGUGCAGGUUGUCGAGUUCAUGGAUGAAGGCUUCAAGAUCGCCUUGGAUGUCAAGAAAAAGACAGGAAAGCUCCAGGACUUCAAGAACUUCCUUCUCCAGGAUCCAGAGACCGUGGCUCGCAUCGCCGAUCUGCGCUACCGUGUCGAAGCUUUCGCCAGGCCAUUCCCUAUGCCGGGCUUCCACGACCAUUAGACAUGCCUGUAUAGAGUCAGGGGGCUGUAACAGCCAGGCAGCAGGAGAGUGGAGAGGGGAGAAAUGUUGUGGUGGUGGAAUGUGGUUGGUGUCUGUGAACCAGGUGAUUCUUGAGUUCCCUUUUUUCCAAUCAAAUCUGGGAAACCACAUUUUUAUACUUCUUUGAAGUCAUCCAUCAGUCUAUUCUUGUAAAAAUGUGACCUCCAUGUCGAGGUAAGGAAACAAUAAACUUAGACAGAUUUUAUAGUGCCGAACAACCUAUUUUCUAACGCAAGUGUAAAGAUCUCUCUGUUGACUUGACUCCUUUUAUUAAAUGUGGGUGUGUGGGAGGAAAAUAAUAUUUCAACCAACGACCAGCAGCUCGUAGUGUCACACACUAUGUGACUUGAUCAGUUUAUAAUUGGUUAUUAUAAUAAGACACGUUAAUUUGUCUUAAUGCUGUAAAGAGUCUUAACUAAUGUCACUGAUAUGUCUUGUUCUAGUCACAUGGGUGCGUGGUUUUGUACCGUCAUUUUCUGUUUAUGAAACUAGGUACGUGAGAAAAGCUUCAUGAGUUUGAGGGCGUGCUCUGCCAUAAAAAUGUUGUUUUGGCCUUUUGAAUGCUUUUUGGGUAAUUCUUGUUUCAAUCAGAAAUUAGCCCUUUAACUUUUCUCUCUGGUGAAAGAUUAUACAGGAGGUGGACUCAAUAAUUUAAACAUAAUUAAUACUAUAUGGUCAAUUACAGUAACACUACAAACUUUGGUCACAAGUAACGUUAAAUACCGCAUCUCACACAGUGUAAACAAACAUCAAAUAUCAUAGUAUUUAACAAGAACUUGUAUUAGAUUGCUUUAACAUAAAAAGUCCACCUUGUAUGAAAAUCUGUUUUAAAGUUUAAAAAGCUCAAGGUUAAUUUUUCUUUUUAUGUUGUGAUUGCUUUGUCUUUUUUUUUUUUCUUCCAGCAUUUCAUCAAUGUCAGAUUUUAAUUGCUUUAUAUUUUGUUAUGACAGUUAACCAAAUGAAAUAACGGAUACGCCAACAUACAUUUUUUCCAUACUUACUCCUUUUAAGUGCGUUUACAAAGAGUAUAUACUUUUCUAUAUGUUAUUUAAAUAGAGUUACCUAUCUAACUGACAUCACUUCACAUACAUCUUAAGGUUUCUGAUACCAGCUGAUUAGUUGUACAAGAAGACAGAGGAUUUGUAGUACAGUCUGCUUGAUUCAAAUAUCAUUUGUUUCACCGCUGUGCUCAUUGAAGGAAACUGUGAAGCAGUUUGAUUUGAACACUUUCAGAGUAUCGUGUCUGUUAACUGGUUCACAGAUCAGAACUGUUGUCGUUAUCACUGCAUCAGUGAGGAAGCAUUUCUGUUUGUGAAAGGGUCUUACUGCACAAUUAAGAGACAGUAUGGUUAAUGUCUUGCUUUGCACAAAACACAUAUCCUAAAAACCAAAACAUGAUUUAUCUACUUCACAACUCGCUCACAGCCAGUAGAUUAGACUUUCUGCCAAAACAGACCAACAAGUAUUCUACUACAGUGUCAACUGCUCAUCUGAUAUGUUGCCAGCCACUGUACGUCAACAUAAGCUUGAACUAACUGUCUUUUCCAAAACUUUUUUUUAUUAAUUCACACUUGAUUGUUUUUAGCUGGGUCCUAAUAAAGUAUUGCAAACUGUU